AUGCAAUUCAUCGAGUCAUUUGUGAACAACAAUCAAGGCUUCCAACUUGAUAUCGUUGGUUUCCUCGCCAUCCUUGGAGAAGGUUCCGUCGAGACAAUUGCUCAGGUUGCUACUCUAAGCUAUCUGAUCUAUGUUCCUCGCCUUAUCCCUGCGCCUCAGAUUUUCAUCAGACCUUCCCGACCGGAGAAACUCGAGACCACUGCGGGGGCCAAAGUCAUCGGAGUUCAUUCUGGCAAUACCGGUGAAGAUAUCCAUCAUGUUGCUCAUGCUUUACAUCGAGGAGAUAAAUUGCCCCCCAAUACCGUCAGUUGUGUCCGAGUCAGGGAAAAUAACAAACCUCGCCCGUCGAUUAAAAGAUUCGGUCCGUUGGCUAUUCUGGCUUUCAUAGGGCUUGCAAUGAGUGCUGCCUUGUUGGGACUCUCCAUAUACUAUGAAGAUGGAAUGUCAUUGCUGGCAACUGUUCUACUGUCCACCUUGAGUACAGUGACAGGAAUUGCCAACAAGUGGACACCAACACCCAAUGAUCCGAAACCCGAUCCUCAUUCUCCACCCGGUGAUGUUGUCAUUAAAUAUCCCCAAGGUGCCUUUAUUGUGGUAAGCUGUGAAGAACGAACUGCUCGAUACCUUUACUUCAAUCCAAGCGAGCGUUGCAUCUAUUCUGUCAAAAGCACGGCAGUCUAUCGAGGCCUCUCCUUGAUUUCGACCCUUCUACUCAUGGGUGGAGUUAUCUCUUUGGCCAAUGCACGAAUCGAAACUCAGACGGCAUUUGCUGGAUCUUAUAUGUUAAUCAACAUCUUCUACUGGAUUGGGGCUGCUUUACCACCAGCUCAUCACUGGGAUCUUUCUCGACUCGAAGUGGAACACAUUGAGGUUCAUGGUGGGACUCCUCCCAGAACCGCGAAGAUGGAUAAUUACAACCCCACUUAUACCGAAGCUCUUUGGAAGGCGAUUGCAGUCACAGGGACUAGCAACUGGGUGAAGGAAGCCGGAUGGGCUCCCAAGACGCCGGCGUGGAAUGACUGGCUCAAUGAGGCAGAAGAAGCCGCUCUUGGUGAACCCUUAAAGUCUAGCAUGAAGAUGGUGAAUGGAAAAGAGGUUGAAGUUUGGACGAUACGCAAUUGGGACAGUCGAAAUGCCUUGUCUACUCUGCUUCGAACUACAACGGACAGGUUUCAGGCCAAAAAGUGA